CGGCAGCGUCGCUCGGAUGGUGUUGUUGCUCCGGACGCCGAGACGAUGCGGCCACACUGCUGGGUGGUGGUAGCGCUGGCGGGGAUCAUGUCGUACUUCAGCCCGGAGAGAGCCCUCGGAGCCCCGCAGAGGGAAGGGGAAGUUUCUCAGACCAGGGCUGCAUCCCUCUCUCCUCCACCCUACGUCGUCAUCCUCAUCUCUUGCUCGGGGCUCGUCUCUUUUGUCCUGCUGCUCCUGACCUGCCUGUGCUGUAAGAGAGGAGGAGUGGGAUUCAAUGAGUUUGACAAUGCAGACGGGGAGGAGUGCUCUGGGGGCUCCAGUCCCAUCCAGGAGGACAGCCUGUCGUCAUGUCCCUCCCUCCCCGAGGUCUACACGUUACCAAUCAGAGACAGGCCCAACUGCCCCGCCCUGCAGGAUGGAGCAGACUCCAUUUCUCAGUGCUUCAAAAGACACACGUUAAACUACCUUCAGGAGAUAGGAAAUGGCUGGUUCGGAAAGGUGAUCUUAGCUGAAGUGUUGUGUGACUGCAGCUCCUCUCAGGCCGUGGUGAAGGAGCUGCGUAUCAGUGCCAGUCCUCUGGAGCAGAGGAAGUUUGUGGCUGAGUCUGAGCCUUACAGGAGUCUUAAACAUCCCAACAUCCUUCAGUGUUUGGGGCAGUGCAGUGAGAGCAUCCCCUUCCUCCUGGUUAUGGAGUUCUGUCAACUGGGUGACCUAAAGAGGUAUCUGAGAGCCCAGCGCAAGGCAGAUGGGAUGACUCCUGACCUGCCCACUCGGGACCUCUUGACUCUUCAGAGAAUGGCUUUUGAGAUCACCUCCGGCCUCCUGCAUCUCCAUGAAAACAACUACAUCCACAGUGAUCUGGCUUUAAGAAACUGCCUGCUGACUUCCGACCUCACUGUUAGGAUAGGUGACUAUGGUCUUGCACACAACCAUUAUAAGGAGGACUAUUACCUAACUCCAGACAAGCUAUGGAUCCCGCUACGCUGGAUUGCUCCUGAGCUGCUGGAAGAGUACAGAGGAGCUCUUAUUGUUACUGACCAAACCAAGACCAGCAAUGUGUGGUCCUUGGGGGUGGCUAUAUGGGAGCUGUUUGAGUUUGGCUCUCAGCCCCACAGACACCUGAGCGACGAGGAGGUGCUGACCUUUGUCAUUAGGGAGAGACAGAUCACCCUGGCCCAGCCCAGACUCAAACUCUCCCAUGCAGACUACUGGUAUGAGAUCAUGCAGUCCUGCUGGCUACCCCCAUCCCAACGCCCUUCUGUAGCGGAGGUAUUUCUCCUCCUUUCCUCCCUCCUGGCAGCUGAGCAAGGAAUGGCAAGGGGGAGUGUCGGGGAAGAAGAUGAAGAGGAUGAGGAAUAUGAGGAGGGCAGAGGACGGAGAGGUGAGAGCGAGGAGUCGUUUGAAAGACGCUGGGACUUACUCCGUCCACCUGCCUUCCAGACUGCAGCUAACGAGCGGCAAAGGGAGAGAGAGUAUGGCAGGGAAAACAGAGAUAACUCCUACCCCCUGCUGGACCCCGUGGGGAGCUGUAUAACCCCGUCUUCGUCUGAACUGGAUGACAUCUUGACAGUCACUGAAACUAGCAAAGGCUUGAAUUUUGAGUAUUUCUGGGAGAAGGCUCAUGCCAGACGAGGCUACAAACCUCUUCCUCCUCCUCAGCCAAUCCCGACUGUCAACAAUAACCACAGACAGUCUUUGGACACUCCCACUGUGGUCCCAGUCAUAAGCGCCCGCAGCCCCUCCCUCGCCAGUGAGUACUAUAUCAGAUUAGAGGAGCACACUCCUCAGGACAAGUCGCCAACUCUUAAAGGGAAGUCCUCUUUCCGUUCCAACUCGAUUUGCCGUGGCGACAUGGAGCUGGUGGAGAUUCGCAGUGGAUUGCUGGGAAAAGAGCGAGUCCCGUAUUGUUCCUCUGACAAGUGUGGAAAGGGUCUCCAGACCGUCAGAUCGAGUGAGGUUCAACUCCAGGUGCCCAACACAGGUGUGGCUGAAUUCAGAGACACUUCCAGCAGAGUGACUGACUUCUCAGUAGUUGAUUUAGGGGAUGAUGAUGAAGAGGAGAAUAAAAAGAGCAGUGAGACAGAUAAAAAAUCAUCCAUGAGUUCUCAAGCCCCAGUCCUUCCUCCCAAGCCUCGCUCUAUGUCCAUGUCAUCAGCCAACCACCUACACUCGCGCCCCCUCCCCGCCCCUCCGCUCGGAUAUAGAGGACUUCCUCACUACACCAUCAUGGGAAAAAUCGAAACAGACCCCCAUCACAUGAGCAGCUGCCCACCUUCUACAUUUGAUCACCUGGGGCUCCAUCGGGCCAGACAAACUCUACCCCCAUCCCCGUCCCUCUCCCCCUCCCUUCCUCCAUCGAGCCAUCCAAUUUACCCCCAGCCUGCUCAGAUGUGUCCUCCACCUCUCCCUCCACACUCCAAACCUCAAAGAAUCUGCCCUAGCUACAACACAGCAGACACUUAUUCAAGAUACAGUAACCCGCAGAUGCAGAGAUCCAAUAGAGACCCAUUAUCCUGUGACUUGUCUGACAGAGAGGGUGGUACCAGGCACUUAGCAUCACUGCACACCUCCAAGGAGACUUCUCAUUCUCGUGCAAAAGACUUUGACUCUCCCGUUCGUCGAGAAAACCCAUUGCGCCCUAUUUAUCGCAAUUUACCCCGCCCUCAAACCACAAACCCCCAGCUUGACAGGCAGUCUUCAUCCAGUCCCACCUACUCAGAUGAGGAUGACUCUCCCUUCAUGUCCCCUGAGAGACCCAGCGGUGGUCCUACUGUCACUAACUCCAGCCUAUCUGAAGAUGCAGACCCAGCUUGUGCGGAGCUCUUCUCCCGGGGAAUGAAAAGGACUCAGUCACGCCUCGACACCAUCCUGCCUAGCAUUUGGAAGGAAGAUGCUAAACUUCAGGCCGAUCAAGUGGCCACUGCCAAGAAAUCCCCCAUGCAUUUGUUUCUGACAGAGCUAUCUAGUGUGACAGAGUCUAGUGAGCCCAAGUCAGAGGCUUCAUGGGAGGAAGAGAAGGAGGAGAAAAGGGAUGGAGAGAGACGGGGGAACUUUGUGAUGCCCAACAGAGGGAUGCGCCGCUCCCAGUCGCUGAUGACAGAGCUGGGGUCAGCAGGACAUUCAUGGGGACCAGAGAAACGCACCAAUAGGACAGGACCUGAGGAGGACAAUGCAGUCACUAAAGAAUCAUUCCAGAGGGAUCUUUUCCUCACAGAGAUCGACACAGGAAGGAUGGACAUGGAUCUGGAAGGAGGAUUAGAAAGUGAUCCAGUAAAAUACCUCUAUCCUGCAGGAUCCAGAUUGAGGCCCUAUGUCUGCGCUCCAGGUCUCCCCUCGUACACCGAGGCUGAGGAAGCCUAUUCAAAGGGUAUACGUAGAUCCCGCUCUCUCCUCUCAGAGAUCACCAUUGGGAAGAAGGAGUCUGAACUGAACCAGAAUGCGAAGGAGCCUCGGAGAACAGAAAUGACCAGGGAGGAGUUCCUGAAGGAGAUCCAAUCAGCAGAGACCUUCCUGACUGAAAUCAUAUCUAGACAAAAUGCUGCGGCAAACCGAAAGGAAAAAGACCCAUCUUGCUCCCCUACACCCCUCUCUCCUGAAUACGAGUCCAUAUGCAUUGACCCAAACUCCACUCAGACCAUCAGAUUUCAGUCAGAGAGCUCCAUACAAGCAAAAGGCAAAGAUGAUACACAGACUGAGGCCAUCUAUGCCCAAGUAACCAAGCGUGCUAAAAAGAGUGAGAUAAAGGUUUCGAUGAGACCUGAGAUCCCAAUCCUUCAUAUAGGAUCAAAUAAACAACCUCUUAAACUGGACAGCCAAAGAAGCAAUGCUGACCACUGCCAAUCUGGUGAGUUUGUGUUUUCAGAAAUUAUGCCCAAAAAUGGUCUUCUGCACAACCAAACACUUGCAUGUCAGAAAGAAGAGGAGGAGUGUUCAGAUGGUCCUGCCUUACCUGCCAGAGGAGAGCAAAAAGGUCUCGUAGAGCACUCUCCUUCUGAGAGUGUUAAAGAAAGCAACACUGUGCUACUGUGUGAGAACAAAUCACAAAUUACAAAUGAAGCAGAUAGUCAAAAGGCUGCUGUUAUGGGGAAUGGUGAGACAGUGAAAGAAGACAAACAUGCCAGCAGCCCUGAGAGCGGAGAUCAAACACAUGGAAAGACCAAUACCACAUCAUGUGAUCCUGAAAAAGAAAAGUACCACACUGAUAAUGUUUCUGCAGUGGACUCUGGAAACAACACUGCAGAUGAUGAUUUGGAGAGAUCUAAAAGUUUGGGUUCUCAAAAUAAUGAUGAAAAAGAAAAUUUACUUCAUCAGAAUGACACUGGUCAAGAAAAACACUGUCACAUUGCACAAAAGGCACCCACCCCUGCUGUGUCUCCAACCACUCCUGACUGGGACCCAUCCUCUGACGUCUCACUCGUCACCCCCACUGACUCGGCCCUGUCACCUAUGACUUCCAGCUCAGCCGACUGCCUCACACCUAGUGACUCAUGGAUAAUCGGUGGAGGAGGAGUGGGAAAUGGCGGGUGGCGAGCUCUGGGAAAUGAAACACCACAUAGAGACUCUGCCUAUUUCUCAGACAGUGACUGGGAGGGGGACGGAAUGAACAGGAGGAGCAGCGAUGGACUUAUUGCUUCCAGGCCAAGCAGUGGUCGAGGUGGGGAUCGGGGGACACUGACAGGGAUAGAGGAAAAAACUGAGGAGGAGGGAGAUAUAGGAGAAAAGAGCCCUUUAAGAAAUACUAUACAGAUGUCAGAUAACAUAUGUGAAACUGGUGGAAAGCCAAACAUUGAGAUGUGUGAGGAAACAAGUACGCAAUAUCAAAAUACUCUGGAAAAUACCAUCUCUCAUUUAGGUGAUGACAAAGAUAUGCUAAACAAAGGGCUUGAGUCAUCGCAGAGAGACGAUUCUGGCAUUUUCCAAAACGAGAGCAAAAAAUCAACACUGCUGAAUGAUGAUCCUCAGGCCAAGGACUGUGUUGACUUAAUUGAUAAGUUGUUCUCAAAAUUAGAUGAUGAACCACUGAAAGGGCUCCCACACAGCAGUGGAUAUCCGAUAGACAACCACUUCACAGAUGGCAUCAUCGCUCAGAUAACAGAUUUCAAAUACCAGGACGCUGCAGAAAAUUAUUUAAAUUUACAUUCCAAGAGCCUUGCUGAGACAAAUAUUUUGAUCGAGUCUAUAUCUGGCAACCAGUCAAAAGAUUGCGUGUUAAGGCCCAGCAACAAUGAUUACACAAGUGUUAGAGAGAUGGAUCUCUCUGCACUGAACUCCAUCAAAUGUGGAAAUGACACCGUUGAAUCUGUAACACGUCCUUCUUGGGUAAAGGAGGGCGUUGAAGAGAGAUGUGAAGAGAGGCCUGGUCUAGACCACAAUGAGCUGGGCCUGAGAAACCUCCGGUGCUCAGACAGCAGCGAGGACAAGAAGGUCACAACAGAGACGGAGAAACAGCUGGCUGCCGCAGAGCUGAGUAACGCCAUAAAGGAAAAGUCCCCCCUGAGAGGAGCAGCGAGUCAGAUGGACUCUGCUAAAAAUGUGGAUAAAGACUCCUGCGAGGGACUGGAUGUGAAAACUAAAGAGUUAUGGAGCGCCCUAGAGGAAGAUGAAGAACGUACAGGAUCUGGUGUUGUUAAGGGAGAGUUUGACUGCCACCGUUUUUCACAGUCAAAGGACUUGCGCUUGUGGCCUGAUGAAAAUGACCAGUGGGCCUCUCCAGAGAGGAGGUGCCAAGACAUUGAACUUAGAUCAGAAUUUUUCUCCGGAUUUAGAAACAAGGCCUGGGAGGUCGGGGAGAGGCUUGUUGUUGGUCAGGAGUUUUGGGAGACUGAUGAAAAUGAUGAACUUGCGGGAAGUGAACCUCACCCUGCUGUCUUGGAGGGCUGUGAAGAAACGUGGAACAAUGAAACACAAGGACUUGCUCAUAAUCUUGCUAUGAAGGAAAAAUGGGACUCUAAAGAUGGUGAUGACCAGCAGAGUGUCCAAGGGGAAGACAUACAACAGGAGGAAAAUAUUGAGAACCUAGCACAAAUUGGCAGUUUUCACAAAGACCUGAAAAAAGAUAUCUCAGAUAUUGAAGUAGAAAAUAUAGAAAUCCCACAACAGGAGACCUUGGAGCAAGGAGAGAGGCAUAUUUCACCAUGCACUGAUACAGUCAGGGACAGGGAAAGUUUGGUAGAUUCCACAGAGACAGAGGAAAAUCAAAAUUUUAACAGAUGGCCUCAGAAUCACCUCUGCAACAUUCAAAAAGAGGGACAGACAUCGGCUGAGCAUGUUGGCAACGAAACAUUCUCUGAUUUAGAGAACGACUUCAAUCACACUUUAGAGGAUAAAAGCUCAAAUAUAUCUGUUUGCAUCAUCGAAGCUCCUCAUGUGAACUCUUCAGACAUUGAAAAUGUUGAAUCAGGCUUAGAUUCAGAGGAUGAAAUGAGCCCACAGCUUGCUAGGCAAUACAUAAAAGAGAGAGUAAGCGUUAUGAACACAGAUGUGGAUUACAGAGACUUGCCCCUUCCACCCAAUCCCAUCUCUUCUCCUAGUGAACUUGAUGUGCAGGGGGAGGUAGAGCAGUCAUUUCCACAGGUAGACAAUUUCAGCUCAGUCGAUUUUCCUAGUCCUCCACCAAGCAUAGACCUUGAUGUGCAAGAUGAAAAACUGGAAAGUUUAGAUGACUCUUUUCCUAGUCCACCGCCAUCUGUUGAAGAGACAGAGGAUUUUAUUAGUCACAUAAAUCUAGAAGACUUUAUUGCUAGCACUGAGAUAGAGACGUAUAUUUCCCCAACACACAACACAGACGUCUCAGAGCUUCCUGCUACAACUCAGAGUAUCGGGAUCUCAGCCAAUCUGAACAUCCCCUCUGUGCAUAUAACACUAGCUGAUGAGAGCAACCUUACACCCAACAUAGAAAAUCAGGAUGAACAUAAUAAUCUGUUCCAAAAAACAUCAUCUGCCAUGCCAUCUUCACCCCAAGUUCCCCUAAACAAUCUCCCAGAGUUACUGAUUUCUGAGUGGAAAGAUUUGGAUGAGGAGCCCCUGGAGGAUUUUGAAAAACUGGAACAACUGUGCUGCAUAUCUGGGGAUGAGGAGGACUCUUUGGGCAACCUUUUUCUGGGGAACCUGGAGCUCCUGGAGUCUUUGAAGAAAACACCUGAUCAGAAAAGCAGCAGCACAAGCAACACAGGUCACAAAAUGUGUGGCUCCUCUACUCCAGAGAGCAGGAUGGAUUUGAAGGAGGAUGGGAUCUUUGAUAACUCUGAUAAGCUGGCAGAGUCUCCACCACAUCUGAUCCUGGAUUGCCAGGACAAAGUGUCACCUCGAGAGGAGAGGAGUGAUGGGCAGAGAUCCCCAGGCCAAACAUCUGAUGUCAAAGACCAGGGAUCGCUCUCGAAGAUGACAACAAAGAAUGGCCUGAUGAUGCAGGUAUGUGAGGAAAGGCUGCAGUUCUCCCUCAGCGAAAAUGUGAAAACAAAUGUGCUUUGGGGAUCGACUAUUAAAGACACUGUUAUGCUCCGGCCCUGGAGCGAACAAAUCACAGAGAACAGCAGUGAGCUGGCCACUGUGAAAGAGCAAAAAGAGGAUGAAAGCCAAGAGGAGCAGGAAAGUUCCCCCAGCAUUCAGCUGCACACAGAGUAUGAUGAAACUAAAGCUGAGCCACUCACUGUGAUUGAACAACCUGAGGUCAUAACCCCUCAGCCUACUGCAAACCUGGCAAUGAAAGCAAAACUAGCUCGCCUGUCUCUCGCCCUCCCUCCUCUUGCUCUGACUCUUCCGCUCACCCCCACUGGUAAAGGAGGAUUUGGCGACGGCGCGAUUGGAAAUCGGAUUGGAAGACGGAGAGGUCUUUCCUCAGGAAGCGAGCCUGACGAUGAGGAGGAGGAUGAGCAGGAGGACGAAAGCUCCCGGAGGGUGAUUGUCGUCACAGAAACAGACGUGGACAAACGUGUCGGGCUGAGGAGUCUGCUGAAAUCACCUAAGGAACCGAUGGACAGAGAGAAGGACAGAGGAAGAAAUGUGUCCUUUUUUGAUGAUGUCACAAUCUAUCUUUUUGAUCAGGAAACUCCAACCAAUGAGCUGAGCUCUUCAGCGCCCACUAGUCCAGCCCCAGUGUCUGUCAAGAGCACCAAGUUGGAUUUGCGUGGGCAAAACACGAAGAGCAAAGAAUCAAAAAGGAAAGAUGAUUUGUCAAUCAAACCAAGGUCGCCUGUGGGGGCCAAUCCGGUGACAUCAUCGCGCUUCACUGUCAGCCCUGCCAACGACCCUCACUUGGUGUGAUGUCAUUGUGGGAACCUUUAGAGCUGAACCCUCUUGGACUGGCCAGCAAAUUAACCCCAACAACCAGCCAUUCACCCAGAGGCUAUUUUUUUAUUGAAUAGGCAACUGAAAGAAUGAGACCGUUCUAAAAGCUGGACAAAUUCCAGGUUUUACCCACGACAGGAUUUUGUAUGACAGGGGUCGCUGUGCUCCUGACUGCCACUAUUUACAGAGUUUAUUCACGGCCUUUGGCUACAAAUGUCUUUGGAAAAGGCAGCAUAUGCUAGGAGAAGAGGAGCCUGGAGCUUUGUAAAAUCUGAAACAGAUUUGACAGCUAUGCAGUGGGAGUCUUGCUGUGUACCAGCUUACCUUCUCUUUUUCUGCUUCAUUAUGUUGUAUUAUUCCCCGAGUGUGUGGGGAAUGCACUUUCUUUAGUCAUUCAUCUGUCUAUGUAAACUCUCGGAUUCCAGUCCUCUCUUUAUUAAAGAGGUUUUUCAUUGCAGUCAGUUGUUCUUGUAGGCAGCAGUUUGGAACAGAAAUCGCUUGACUCCUGUAUUUGAGAAUACUCGUUUGCAUUUGUACAAAUAACAUAAUACAAGUGUAUACAGUAUCAUUUUAGAGCUGUUUACUUUUAGAUGUAUUCUUAGACUGCACGAAAAAUGAA